UUUCACAUAAUUACUGGAGACGAAGAACCACAGUAAUAAGAGGAUGUUGCUGUACAUUGUCCUGGUAGAGAUUUUUCUGUUACUCUGCAGUUCACAGUUAGACGCUCAGUUGCCGAACCUUCUGACGUGCGCCUGAGCGAUCUGGGCUCUCCACAUCUACUGGAUGAACAAUGUUACCUGAUGUCGCAGGUGGAGACUUUCAUCGAGAACGUCUCGAAAGCAGAUGAGAGCGAUAGGACCCCUGUAGCCACUUUCUCUUGGCCCAACGUCUGCGGCGAGCUCGCCAACGACGACAACGACGGCUUUCGCACUUUUAGGGAGAGCGUGGAGGGCGGCAUCCUCUGCCCCAUUAAGAAGGCA